AUUUUAUUGUGUCUCAAAUAUCUCGUGUUGUAAAGUUGACUUCAUGUAGUGAUGCGACUAUCUCAGAUAGAUUGUAAGAUUUGUUGGUAAGAUUUAGCUCCUCUGUCUGUACUCUGUCUUAAAAUGUGCGUGCAGAUGAGUUUGUUAGCAUGUGAUCGGUACGUGACAAAGGCGGAAUGCUGGUUUGACCCGGAUCUGUGACGUCUGAGGCCUCAGGUGUGGCUGGCAUGGCAGUCAGAAAUAUGUUCCUGGGUGAGUCAACAAUGUUUGCAGGUGCAUUCAAACUGUGCAAAAUAUAAUCGGUUUCAUUUAUACUGAUACUCUCCUCUUUCGAUAUUUAAUUUAUUUCUUCUACUUAUUUAACUCAAGUUAAUCUAUUUAAUCGUUCAUCUACUUAUUUACUUUCUUUGAUUUGUUUUUCCUAAAAUAUCGUUCUUUUCCAUCAUCUCUUUUAGUAUUUAUUUUAUUGUUGUCAUCUGUUCUUGUUUGCCUGUUUCCUGAACCAUAAUAAAUACUGAUCUGGUGGGGGAUAACAAAAAAAAUUGAUUCAUGCUGAAAAGGAACUGCCAAACCAAUAAAAAUAUAAUGGAACCGCCCAUCUACUAAGAUCUGAAUGUACUGGAACUAGGUUAGUACACAAACAUAUAAACAAAGGACAACGAAAAACACUUCCUGGGUGGAGGUUAUUUAGGCUCAGGACUGUUCCAUGACUCACACUGAGAUGUCUUCUGCAUCCAUGUUCUAUUAAGUCAAGAUUUUACAAGUUAUUAUCCAUUUCUGUUUUACUUUACUUGAAAGGGGAGAAUAUUUGUUGAGAACAACUGCAUAGGUUAACCCGUACGUUUUAACUGAGGGCCACUGAGAAGCGCAACUGGGGUGUAGGCAAGAUUUGAUGUGUAGACCAGGGAGUUUGCUCCGAAUAUUCCCCCUAACCCUAAAUACCGCCAACUCUGUCACAACUUGUAAAGAUAUUCCUUCAUUAGUUUAAUGCCCUUAACUCAUUGACCAGCUACUUAUCAUAUCAAAAAUUUUAGCAUAACCCAUAUUCACAAACUACAAUUUGCCUCAAGGGGAUAACAAUCUUUUCAAGGAGCUCCAUUCUCUUUCCUUAACCCUCGACCUGAGAGAAAAAGUCUUAAAUGUAUCUUCUGUACUUUGUGUCAUUUAAUUUUAUAAGAAUCUAAAAAUAGAGCAGUUGCACAUUUUUGGUUAGUCUCUUAUUGUUAUUUAUUUUUAAUACACCUUUCUUACCAAGCUCUACAAAGUGCUUCACAAAGACGACAAACCAAAAAAAAAAAAAAAAAACAUCAAAAUAAUACAAUAGCAUUUAAAAUCAAAGGCAAAAAAUUAUAUAACCCAAAAUCUAAAAACAAAUAAAAAAUAUAACAAAAAGCAUAAAAUGGCAAAUACGUUGUAAAAGAAAUACCUAAAAGCUAUCAAAUAGAAGCCAUUUGGUAAAAGUACGUUUUGAGAAAUGAUUUAAAAACUAUUAUGGCAUUCAAAAGUGAUAAAACCCACACAAGAGACAUCGAUAACUUUUCUACAAAAUCCCAACCCUCAGAUAACAUCACCUCCAUUUAGACCAGAGCUAAACAUACCACAUUGUUGUCACUCAUGUGAGACUAGUUUCUGUGGUGUAUGUUAUCUCUUUUCCGCCACGCAGAGGACAUGUGGACACAGCCACACCUCGAAUCCUGUUGUCUCUGCCGGUGGACACAUCGGACUUUGUGUCAAAUAAGGACAUUAUUUCCGAUGUUAUGUAAGUCUGCAAUAUGGUAAAAGAAAAACAUUCCAACAAAUACUUUUAGGAGGAUUUAAUUAUAUUGAUGUAUCGGUGCAAUAUUAUGGAGGAUAAAAGAAUAAGAGAAAGAGUAAGUGAUAGUAGUAUUUAAUUGUGCUUUCUAUUAAAAAAUGACCUUAUUUUACAUAUAAUGUAUGUUCACAUGUGUAAUAGAAGAAAAUAAAAUAAUUAAGCAAAUAUUCGUAGAGGUAUUUAUCCACAUUACUUUACCACUGCAAUAUUAUGGAGGAGUCUAUUAGAAUAAAAGAUAAGUGACACUAAUUGUAGUAGUUAAGUAUUUAUACAUUUUGUGUGUCGUGUAACGAUAGACCAUAAAUCUAAAAUAAUUUUAAAACUAAUAUAUGAAUGUAGUAUUUCAUUUAUUUGUAGGACUAAAAUUAUUCUAAAGUUAUUCAUAAGGAUUGCGAAAAUUACAUGAAAGGCAUAGAUACCGGUGUUGUACUAAAAACUACAUUUCCCAUAACCGCCAUUUUGUAAAUAGUAAGGAAAGCCAUUAGUCCAAAAAGGAGCUUAUCGCCUCUCCGUGCUGUGGCUCUUAAAGGAGACGCAUCCUGAGCGGAACCGGUUUCCACCAAAGAAACGUGAGGUUUGCUGUCGCUUUAAGAAGACAAUAAUGUUCAAUGUUUGUAAAAUUAUAUUCUUCAUAUAACGUGAUAUUUUUUAACAAUAACAGAUCUAAUGCAACAGCCGUGUAGUGUCGCUCAUUGUAUCUUUAGCCAGCGAACAUUACUUGGUCCCACCGGAGCAAGGCCUUCUUCUCUGAUCUUCAUUUUUAUAUUUUCACAUCUAACUGAGUAAGAAACGUGCGUGAGGCUCUUGACAGUCGAACUACAGCGACAUGGACUCGGAGGAGGACGAGGUUUCGGCUCCUCGUCCCGGGGUCGAGAACACCGGAGACCCCGAGGAGGCCCCGAGCUCAUCCGCGGACUCGCUUGAAUCGCCCAGCGGGAGAAGGGGACGCAGAGGCCGCGCUGCAGCUGCAGGGACCCGCCCGGACUCUCGGUCUCCUGCCGGAGGCUCCGUGCGUGUUUUGCGAGCCCGGGGAGCUGCAGCUGGCGCCGCUGCGGGGUCGGAGGAUCGUGGCGACUGCACGAAAAAACCCGCAAGUCCGCUCCCGGGACGUGGGAGACGUGCAGGAUCCCGCUCCCGACAUUCACCCGUCACACAAGCUGCCACAAAGAAAUCCACAGACAGAAAAGCAUCCUCUCUCAGACCCAAGGCGUCCAAACCUGGAAAGGGCAAAGGGAAAACCAGAGCCUCACACACCACAGCAGUAGCAGGCAAACCUGAAGCAGGGAUGGAGACUCCAUCAUGUGGGGAGGACUUGGAAGACAGCAAUGUCAACCUUGCAGAUGCAGCUCUCGGCGAGGACCCUCCAUACAGUGAUGACCCAGAUGACCUCAUCUGUCAACCCGACACAAAGACGAAGAAAUCAAGGCAGUGUGCAACGUUACAACAAGAGGAAGUCAAAAAAGAGGAGUUAGAGGGGAAGGAGGAGGAGGAAGAAGAAAAUAACAUCAUAAAGGAAGAAACGACUGAGAUUGUGGCGCAAAUUGAGGAUGGAGAGGUUGACAACACAGAGCCAACCAGGAAGCGAGGUCGACAGCACAAAGAUAGCAAAGCCCCUCGGCAGCCAAAGCGAAGGAAAAAGCCCCCAGUGCAGUAUGUCCGCUGUGAAAUGGAAGGCUGUGGCACUGUCUUAGCCCACCCACGCUACCUACAGCACCAUAUAAAAUACCAGCACUUGCUAAAAAAGAAGUAUGUCUGUGAUCACCCUUCAUGUGGGCGCUUGUUUCGCCUGCAGAAGCAGCUGUUGCGCCACGCCAAGCACCACACAGACCAACGGGACUACAUCUGUGAGUUUUGUGCUCGUGCCUUCAAGAGCUCCCAUAACCUCGCUGUGCACAGGAUGAUCCACACAGGAGAGAAACCUAUACAAUGUGAGAUCUGUGGCUUCACCUGCCGUCAGAAGGCCUCCUUAAACUGGCACAUGAAGAAACACGAUGCAGAAGCCUCCUACCAGUUUUCUUGCUCCGUUUGUGGCAAAAAGUUUGAAAAAAAAGACUCUGUUGUUGCACACAAGGCCAAGAGCCACCCUGAGGUGCUCAUAGCUGAGGCUGUUGCAGCUAAUGGUGGUACGGUAAUAAGAUGUUCCACCCCGGGCACAGAGAAUGUCCCUGUCCUCACCCAGCCUGAACAGCCCUCUGUCAGCCAGGAGAUCCAAGAGCUCCAGCAGAGCCAGGUGAUCCAGGAGAGCCAGGAGGCAGCAGUGGGUAGUAAUCUCACUCCGCUGCAGCAGGUGGUGCUCCCAUUUACUCCACAGACUCAACUAGAUGUGUCUCAAGGCCAGUUCCUCCAACUGCCGACGCAUCAGGUGGUGCAGGUAGCACACCCGCAGCAGGCCCCUACCUUGCUGCACCUCACCGCUGCUCCUCUCUCUCACCUCUCCACCAACAGCCACCCGCAGCUCAUCCAGCUCCCUUCCCUUCCCGCCAGCACCACCGCAUCUAUGACCACCAUGGGCUCCCAGAGCACCCUCCUCACCCUCAGCUCCGUCACCACCCUGGCCUCCCAGCAGGCCGUGCAGUGGGGCAGGGAGGCGGCAGAAGUCGCCCCGCUGGCUGGGGAGGGCGAGCUGUGGGAAAAGGUGAUCGUGGGCGGGGACCACCAGGAUGUUGGGGACAUGAUUUGGGAGAGCUGCAGGGAGAGGAGGAAGGACGACGAGGGGGUUGUCUGGGAGCGGGAAGGAGAGAGACAGAUUCGGUUGCAGUGUGCAGAGAUUCACGGAGAUAAUUUAAUCUAGAUAGACGGCUCGAGAAUGAUGAACUUCAUGGAGGGAAACUAAAAGGACACAAGACUGAAGGAAAUGUUUAUGCAAAUUCAAGAAAUAGCAAUUUAUCUCCAUGGAGUAUAUCAUAGCAGACGCAUACAGUUACAAAACUACUUCAUGUCAGGGAAUAUGAUUAAAUAUGUAGAUUAGUGAUGCUUCUUUUACCACUUAAUUUGAGUGUUUUAGAACUUUAACUUUGUCACCCUGUGUUUGUAUAGAUAUGUGUAUGUUAAAAAACAUUUUAGAUUUAAAGAUAAUGUACAGGAAAGUCCAAAAUGACAUUGACAUUUAUUUCCACAUAGUAGCCCUGCUAUCUUUAUCUUUAUUUUAAUCUUUAAUCUAUUUACAGAGUGAAAUGAGUGUCCUGAGGUUAACUCCAGCACUAGUUGCUUAAAACAUCCAGAAAAAUAUUCCCUCCGAGCAACAACUACAACCACAUUUUUUUGGGGUUUUGACAAGAACAAAUUACAGACAAAAUACAAAAUAAGCAGCUUUAAAGUUCUUACAUUGAAAGCCAGCCAUUGUUUAUUUUAUUAUUUACCUCCAUGCUUUACCUACUGUCACAUGCCAAAAUGUCUAAUGUCCAAAAUAUCUAUAUCGUCGUCCUCAUUUGAUCGUAUUUAUUCACCAGUGUUACAUUUUCCAUCCAAAUGGUACUUUACGUUUGGCGUCUGAUUUAAUCAGUAUACAGAUCUUUGCAUUGUCAGGAUUAUACAGGUAACAGUAUUUUGAUUUAAAAAAGAAAUGUUUGUAAUUCUCUCAAUGGAUGCGCUCAAUAUUUUUUGUUAGAAAUGUUUAAUAAGAAAAUAUACCUCUGUACACUGCCACUACUACUGAGUAAUCGUCAGCUUAAUUUAUCCAAAAUUAUGUUCAGAAUAAAUGAAUUAUGUGCUGAA